AUGUCUCAAAACACAACCACCACCUCCCCCCUCCUCGCCCUUCCCCCCGACCUCCGCCUCAUAAUCUACGAAUUCACCCUCACCGACCUCCAACGCCGUCUCCAACGCCGCAAAACAAAACCCACCUCCUUCCGCCUCCCUCUCCUCAACACCUGUCGCCUCAUCCGCAAAGAAGCCCUCCCCCUCUACGAAAAAGAACUCGAUCGGAUUUUGACAGAUUCCAGGAGAUUGGUGGCUCGGUUGAAGGAGAAAUCUCAUAUGUUGGAUUUCUGGUGGUUUCAGGCUUGGGAAUUGGAUUUGGUGGUUGAGUGCAGGGCUAUUGAGGUGAAGGAGAGGUUGGUGCAGAGGAGGCGGAUGGUUGUGGAGUAUGAGUUUUCACGGUUGAAGAGGGCGGUUGGGCGGGAGAGGAGGAGGGUUAAGGAUGCGUGCCUCGAGAUGGAGGGGGGUGGGCGGUCGAGUGGGGAUGAGGAUGAGGGUGGGGAGGUCUGA